AUGAUUGUUCGGUUAUUCAGGUUCCGGGAAAUGGAGACCCAUAAUUAUGUUGAGAAUUCAUUCUGGAACUUCGACACUUUAUUCCAACCACAGAAACAUCCCGCAAGGGAUAUGCACGACACGUUUUUUCUUUCAGACCCUGCCAAUAGCGAUGUUCCCGAGGGAAACUAUUGGCAGCAAGUCCGGGACGUUCACAUGCGUGGAUAUCAAUCGGACUGGGAUGUGAGGGAGUCUCAGAAGAACGUGUUGAGGACCCACACGACAGCAGUGACUGCACGGACACUUUUUAAUUUGGCCGGAAAGGAGUUUAGACCUUCAAAAUUCUUUUCGAUUGACCGGGUAUUCCGAAAUGAGACUUUGGAUGCGACCCAUUUGGCCGAAUUCCACCAAAUCGAAGGUUGUGUGAUUGACUACGACAUGUCUCUCGCUGAUCUCAUCGGACUCGUCACUGUUUUUUUCAAUAAGUUGGGUUGUCUUCAUUUCUGUAAUGGCAGGGAUCACUGA